AGAGAGAGAAGGAGGGGCGGAGGGGAUGUCCCACUCGGGACAGCUGUGAAGUAUCUCUUGCUCUCGGCAUCAGUGACCCACCUUGUGAUACAACUGCAACGAGUCGACAUGGCGUCUCCGAGGCACUACGGUCGGUCCUCUGUGGACAUAGCCAACGUGAUGCAGAAGCUGCAGGAUGAGCAAGAAGCGGUGCAGAAGAGAACCUUCACAAAAUGGAUCAAUUCUCAUUUAGCAAAGCAUAAACCACCACUAGAGGUGAACGAUCUUUUUGAGGACAUUAAGGAUGGGGUGAAGCUCUUGGCGCUGCUGGAGGUCCUGUCUGGCCAACGACUGCCCUGUGAGCAAGGCCGCCAGCUGAAAAGGAUUCACUGGGUUUCCAACAUCGGCACUGCACUCAAGUUCCUYGAAGGCAGAAAGUCUCUGUAUCGAGGAUCACCGAUCAAACUCGUCAACAUCCAUGCCACUGACAUUGCCGAUGGGAGGCCGUCCAUCGUCCUCGGUUUGAUAUGGACCAUCAUCCUCUACUUUCAGAUUGAGGAGUUAACCAGCAAYCUGCUAGCUUUACAGACGUUAUCCAACAGCAACUCGUCCGUGGACAGCACAGCCAGCUGUGAAACAGGAAGCCCUCCCAUGAAGAGGAAGGUCACCAACAAAUUUCAGGGCAAUGCUAAGAAGGCUCUGCUCAGAUGGGUGCAGUGCACAGCCGCCAAGGAUUUUGGAAUCGAGGUGAAGGACUUUGGGUCCAGCUGGCGCAGCGGCGUYGCUUUUCAAGCGGUAGUGCAUGCCAUCAGGCCCGAUCUGGUGGAUAUGGAAGUGGUGCGGCGGAGGAACAACAGGGAGAAUCUGGAGGAAGCUUUUGCUCUCGCAGAAAACGARCUGGGCAUUCCUCGCCUGCUGGAUCCUGAAGAUGUGGAUGUCGACAAACCGGAUGAAAAGUCYAUCAUGACUUAUGUGGCUCAGUUUCUCAAGCAUUACCCAAACCCCCAACACUCCGAGGGUGACGGACAGCAGGACGAGCUGCUUCUUGGCUCUAUCCCAACUUUUGCAUUGUCAGUGUCAGUACUGCAGUUUGUUCCUCAAGAUAUAGAGCAAAUGCUUGAGAGGGAAGAGAGGAAGAUGCUCAGAGAGCUGAAGGUGUUUUUGGAUCAGCUCGAGAGAGACUUGCUGCGAGCCCAGGCUACAGAAGGAAGCCUCACUGACAAAUACCAGGCAUUCAAAAACUUUCAUGUUCAUUAUGAAAUGAAGAAGAAGCAAACGGAUCAACUGCUCCAACCUGUUCACARGGAAGGCAAACUGUCAGUGGACCAAGCUCUGGUCAAGCAGGCCUGGGACCGCCUGUCUGCCCGGCUGUUGGACUGGCACAUUCAUCUGGACAAGUCUCUGCCCGGGCCGCUGGGCGUGAUCGGAGCCUGGCUUCACAGAGCGGAGAUGGCUCUGCGAGAGGACAUYCCCCUCCAACACGUUCAUGAAGAAACCGCCAAUGUUCUGCACAGAAAACUGGAGCAGCACAAGGAAGUAUUGAAAAGCCUGGAAUCCCACAGACAGACUUUCACGCAGAUCCACAAGGACAGAUCAGUGAACGGGGUGCCGGUGCCGCCUGAGCAGCUCCAGGACAUGGCAGAAAGGUUCAACUUUGUGUCAACUUCAUCACACUCUCACUUGAUAAAGCUGGAAUUCUGGGAAAUAAAGUACAGACUGAUGGCGUUUCUGGUGCUGGCAGAGGCUAAGCUCAAGUCCUGGAUUAUAAAAUAUGGCCGACGGGAGUCAGUUGAACUCCUGCUGCAGAGCUACCUUAGUUUUGUUGAAGGCCACAGGUUUUUUGACCAGUAUGAGAUCAUCUUCACAGCCCUGAAACAAGCUGCAGAGGUUUAUGUGAAGUCUGACAGCUCAAUCGACGAAGCAGAGGGCGUGAGCAAAUUCCUGACUGAAACGACGGCUCAGUGGAAGAACUUGGCGCUGGAGGUCCGAAGUGUUCGCAGCAUGCUGGAAGAGGUGAUCUGUAACUGGGAGAAAUACAGCAGCACCGUGGCAUCGCUGCAGGCCUGGCUGGAGGAUGCCGAGCAAAUGCUCAACAAGUCGGAGAGCGCCAAGCGUGAUUUUUUCAGAAACCUCUCUCACUGGAUCCAGCAGCACAUGGACAUGAACGACGCCGGGAAUUUUCUCAUCGAAACAUGUGACGAAACCGUCUCUCGAGAUCUAAAGCAGCAGCUUCUUCUGCUGAACGGGAGAUGGAGAGAGCUAUUUGUCAAAGUCAAACAUUAUGCAAGAGCGGAUGAGGUGGAUAAACUGAGGCAAGACUAUCAAGACGGGAUUAAUACCUUAAAGAUGUUCAUGGAUGCCACCAAUGAGAAGAUGACCGCUCCUGUUCAAGUGUCUUUCCUCAACGUCAGAGCCUUCGUUCAAGACGUUGAGGAAAUCAAGCACAAAGUGCCAGCGAUGGAAGCGGCCUCCAAGGCAGCAAGCCGCACAGCUCAGCUGUUGACCAAAGACACUCCGCAAGAGGAGAUUUCUCAAAUGAUGGCUGUGAUGGCUUCCAUCAAAGAGCAGCUCAGUAAGGUUAGGGAGAGAUGUCUGCCUCUGCUUAGGGAGUCUCAGUCUCUCUUACCUCAACUGGAGGAAAUGGAGAGGAACAUCACCGGCUUCUAYCAGGCUCUGGAGAAGGCCAGUCGUAUCACCAGCACCACUGACUCUGAGGGACCAGUAGAUUUUAAGCAGAAAUGCCAGGAGCUGGCAACCUUCACACACAGCUGUAAGAAGUGCCUGACAGUAAUAGAAAGAAACCACCAAACCAUCCAAAAAGUGAUGAGCACCAGUAAAACGCUCCAGCACAUGGACAUGAGUCUGCUGCAGAAACGAGUGGCAGACCUGCAGACUUCAUCACAGAACAUGAUUAAGGAAUCUACAGAGUGGCGAAAGCACGUGGAGGCAAACAGCAGCCUGAUGAAGAGGUUUGACGAGUCACGAGUGGAGCUGGAAAAGGUUCUGAAAAUGGCACAGAGCUGUCUGAGGGAGAGAGGCAACCCCGAGGAGCUGCUGAAGAAGCACACGGAGUUCUUYGGACAGCUCGACCAGCGGAUUUUAAAUUCAUUCCUUAAGGCUUGUGAUGAGCUGACAGACAUUUUACCCGAGCAGGAGCAGCAGUCGCUGCAGGAAACAGUUAGAAAGCUGCACAAACACUGGAAGGACAUUCAGACGGACGCCCCGUUUCACCUCCUGCACCUGAAGGUGGAGGGCGAGAGGAGCAAGCUGAUGGCGUCGCUGCAGGAGUGCCAGGCAGAGCUUACCAGGGAGAACCGGCACCUGGCCAACAUGGGGAGUGAGAGGCUCAUCAAGGAGCACAGGGCGUUUUUUAGGGAGAAGGGCCCUCAGUCCAUCUGUGAGAAACGGCUACAGUUGAUGGAGGAACUCUGCCAAAAGCUGCCGGAGGCCGAUCCAGCUCACCAGAUCCUGGAAACAGCAAGAAGGGACUUCGUCGAGGUUCAGGAGGAAAUUGAGAAUACUCAUCAGAAGUUAAUGCAGCACCAAGAUAAAUGGAAAGAAUAUGAUGCAAGGUAUGCUGAACUCUCAUGUUGGCUUAUAUCCAAAGAAAGUCAGCUGAGGCUGCUGAGGAACCGAGCCAGCGACUCCAGAAAGUACCACCAGGUGAAAACGACCAUAACGGAGCUGAGAAAUGAUGCAGAGCUCCAGGAGGGGAACCUUGCUUGGCUGAAAGCCCGUAUGGCUGUAUUAAUUGAAAUCUGUGCUGACAGUGAUGCCCAAAGGCAGGGAAGCACUCUGAGCAAGCUCUCCGCUGAUUUUAAAGGUCUCCUUGCCUCUCUCUUUGAGGCUGAGAAGAUGGUGCUUGCAGUGGGGGACUGUGUGCAAUUCAGAGAGGAAGUACAGACGACCUUGRAUGACCUGGUUCAAGGGCAGAAAGAAGCACAGGCCGAGGCGACCAAAAUCCUGGACUGUCCUACUUCCAGAGAAGCCCAACAACUUAUGCUUGUUCAUCAGCAGCAGUUAAAGCGCCUAAAGCUGAAAAGGAAGGACGUCCAGCAGCUGAUCACCAGAGGCCAGCAGCUCCAGUCUGAAGAGGGGCUGGGAGAGACUCUGCAGCAGGACCUGCAGAGCUUAGAAAACACAGUGAGCAAAAUGGAGCAGAGUAUGGACUCACAAGAGCAAAACCUGGAGGUCACUCUGGCUGCUUGGCAGGAGUUUGACAGUCAGCAGGAAGCAGUGCACGAGUUUGUCAACAAAGCCCGCUCCACAAUAGACAGAGAUCUGAAUUUCAGCAGCCCAGAGAGCCUCGCCGUUGAACUGGACCAAGCAAACGUGAUGCUGAAGCAGUGCAAAGCGGAGGUCUUACACAUGAACACCUUGUUGAAGAGAGCGACAGAAAUACAACUUGGUCCAAAAAACAAAUCUCUGCUUCUGCAACAAGCUCGUUCACUCAGCGAGCAGGUGGACAAAGUAGACACCGGCCUGAAGAAAGAGGUCAAGAGCCUGGAAGAGAUGAAAAGUCAGUGGGAUCGAUUUGGAGCUGGAUUUGAAUCAUUUUCUUCGUGGAUAUCUGAAAAGGAGAAACAGCUAGAUGUAAUAAAAUCAUCUAAUUUGUCUCUUGAGGAGCAGAUCAAAACACUUAAGGGUGUCGGAGCAGAACUUCAAGACCGAGCCGAGUUCCUGUCGCAGCUGGAGACGGACUCCCAGGCGCUGGCCCAGUUUGUGUCUUCGGGCGAGGCGGCUCGCAUUAAAGCCCGUCUGACCCAAAUUGGCAGGUACUGGGAGGAGCUGAAGGAGAGCGUUCAGACACUUGACGGGCAGCUGGAGGAAAGCUCCUCUCACCAGCAAAAGUUCACACUGAACUUGAACGAGGUAMAAGCGUCUCUUCGUGAGCUUCAUGCAAAACUGGAGAGUCCCGUUAAAUCCUGCACUUCAUCAUCUGAGACUUACAAAGCCCUUCAGAGCCACAUGGAUGUCUGUCAGUGCCUGGAGCAGCUGAAGGGCAACUUACUGUCGCUGUCAGCCAGUGCCAGACGAAUCAGUGACAAGGAGCACGCGGUGCGGGCUGUGACGGAGCUGAACACCAGCUACGAACAGGCCCUGGAGGAAGCAAAGGACAAGCAGAGCACUUUGGAAAACCUUCUUUCUACCUGGCAAAAGUUUGAGAAGCAACUGUCAAACUUUGUGUCCUGCCUGGAGAGAAGUGAGUCUGCAUCCAAACCAGAAAGUCACUGUCUGUCUUCUGACAAAGCCAAACUGCGCACUGAGAUGCAAGACUUGCAGGCUCUGCAGGUUGAGGUAGAGUCCCUUAAAAAGGCCCAUGAAGACCUGGCCUCUCUGGGAACGUUGUUAUAUCCCACAGCACCUGAAGAGAAUGUUACGAAGCUAACAGAUGAGCUGGGGAUGCUGCAGCAAAGACUGCUUGUCCAACARGAAGUCAUCCCUCAGAGAAUCACAGAGCUGCAGAGCCAUGCGUCGCUGGUGGAGCAGUUUGACCAGGCUCUUCUUAAAUUCUCUGAGUGGAGUGAGACCGUACUUUCAAAUCUGCACACAGCUUCUCAGAUCAACAUCGGCAAUCUGCAGGGAUCUGCCACUCAAGUAAAGGAGACAAAAUUGGUCCUGCAAAAGAACUCCAGCGUGAAGCAAAGCUUAGAGGAGCAGACCGAGAAGCUCUGCAAGAUCUGUGAGCCAGCUGAUGCGCAGCUCCUCCGUAACAGAGUAGAAAGCUGCCUCCAGUCCUACCAUGAGGCUCAGCRUCUAGCCGAGCUGCAGCUGGAGUGCCUGGAAAAGCUGGAGGCCUUCCUGCAGACCCACGGCGAGGUGGCAGGAGUGCUGCGCGGUCUCAGGCAGACGGUGGAGAGCGCCGGGAGCUGGGACCGUGGAAGGGUAGAGGAGCUGCAGCAGGAGCUCGCUGCCAUUAUUCCUGACAUCAGUGAGCUGGAGUCCUCUGCUGUCAAUCUGGACAGCAGCCUCUGCAAAGGUCACCUCCACAUUGGAGUCGAAGAGGGUUCUCGCAAGUCCUGCCGCAUGCUGGCCGAUUUGCUCAGCGCCGAGUUGGAUACGGUGAGGAACUUGCUCGGUACGAAGCAAAGCGAAGCCGAGGCCCUGGGUGUGCUGUGGACUUCAUUCAGGCAACGGAAAGAGCAGCUGCUCAAGGCUGUGGAGGACAUCGAGGAAAAAGCCGACCACCAGACCUUCAAAGAGCCCAGCUUGCAUGGUCUGCAGCAACGGUAUGGYGCUAAGAAACUGGCCCAGAGAGACGCAGAGCUGGCCGGGGAGGUUUUGAGGGAAAUUAGUCUGCUGGAGACGACGUGGGAGGACACAAGGAGGCUCAUAACGGAGAGACAAGAGCAGUGUAAUGUUCUUGCUGAGCUAACAAGAGAUUACCAAACCCUGAAAACCAGCAUCGGGGGCAUUGUUGAGAGUGCAGAACCUCUGGUGGACAUAAGCUCAGUWCUGAAGGACUAUGAGGAAACCAAGAGAUCACUAACCAAGCAUGAAUCGCUGAAGGCAGAGAUGGGUGGGAAGCAACAAGAGCUGGACCAGUUUUCAGUCAAAGGAAAACAUCUUGUGACUGAACUGAAGAAGAUCCCGGACUGCGACAAYGAUAUGAUAAAGAAAGACAUGGAGAAAACUGUUGAUCACUGGCUGGAUAUGUCUGAGAAAAUAGAGGACAACAUCGAUCGCCUCCAUCACAGUUUGGACCUGUGGGGCGACGUGCGCAACCUGAACGAGGACAUCGAGAGUUGGACCAGCAGCUGUGGGAUCGAACUCAAUGAGAUCCUGAACAACUUCAGCAACAGUCAGAAGGUUUCAGCAAGACUCUCUGGGCUGCAGGGAGAAAUUAGAGAGAAGGAGCAGAAACUUGAACUCCUCCAGAACAAAGUGUCUGAGCUGACWAAGUGCUAUCACAGUGAAGACACUCCAGCUAAACUGCAGGUGUUGGAGACAGACCUACAGAAGAAGAUCAGCACCGUUCAGAUGCUACACGAGCAAGUCAGAGGAAACCUCACUGACUUCACAUCCCAGCGUAAACAGCUGGAAGACUACAUCUCACAGAUGUCUGCGUGGCUAAAAAGCAUGGAGGACUCUUUGGUUUCCUCUCCAACCGGAUCAGAUCCUGAGGACAUCUGCAGAGUAAAGGAYCUUCUGAAAGAGCUUCAAAAUCAGCAGGGGAGCAUCGAUUCGACCAGGGAGAGCCUCAACAACCUGUGCAGAAAAUAUCCGUCUGAGGAGCUGGCCGGCUUGGGGUCGUCUCUCACCGACCUCAUCAAGACGUACGAGUCUGUGAACCAGCUUUCUGCCAGGACUCUGAACUCACUACAAAACUGCCUUCAGCAACAGUUCAAUGACCUUGUCCAGGAGUUUCAUCGCUGGCUUUCAGAGCAAAGGGAGAUUGUGAAAGAAUGCUCUGAUCGAUCAGGAGACACGCAAAUAGUGGAACGUAAGCUGCAAAAGCUUAAGGGCGCGAUGGAUCGCGUGGAGGAAGGCGAGAUAAAACUCAAGCAAGUCUGUGAGGAAGGAGAGAAACUUCUUCUUCAUCUUCCCAAAGCCAGCGCUGGGCAGGUCCAGCAGCACCUGUCCUCCAUCCAGCAGGACUGGGACAGCUUUGUGGAGCAGUGCAAGCAGAACCAGCAGAUCCUUGAGGACAGCGCGUCCCUCAUGAAAGGGUUUGAGAGUCGCCUCAAGAAACUCAGSUGGUGGUUGGAGCACAUGGAAAGCCGAAUGACUACAGAUCUACUGGAGGCCAAACAGCGUGGCUCUGAAAGGGCUCUGAGUGAGCAGGUGGAGGAAUACCAACAGGAAGUGCUCAAAGAAAGGGAUUCGUUUGAGCGUCUCUGCCAGGAAGGACAGGCUCUGAACGAAGGCGGACGAGGAGACGGCAACGAGACGAGAGUCUCGGCUCAUCUGCAGUCCCAGCACCAGGCCCUGUUGAGGUGUGUGAGGGAGAGGCUGCGCAGUUGCCAGCUCACUUUACAAGAACAACAAGCGUUUGAAGAGACCCUGCAGACUACCUGGGUCUGGCUUAACRGCGUGCAGGAGCGUCUGGCUUCGCUCAACAGCACCGUUGGCAGCAAAGAAACUCUGGAAAAAAGGCUAGGUCUCAUCCAGGAUAUCCUGCUAAUGAAGGGUGAGGGUGAAGUGAAGCUCAACAUGACCGUAGGAAAAGGAGAGCAGGUUUUAAAACACAGCAGGAUUGAAGAGCAGGAGACCAUAUCUUCACAGCUCCAGAACCUAAAGGAUGCCUGGGCUAAUAUGCUAAUGACGGCUAUGAGUUGCCACAGUCGACUGGAGUGGACCGUGGCCCAGUGGAGCGCCUUUCAGGAGAACAAGAGCCAGCUGCAGCAGUGGAUGGAGUCAGUGGAGCAGGAGGUCGGGAUGAUUCAACCUCAGCAACCAGGCCUCAAAGAGAAGAGCGCCUUACUGGAGCGACUGAGGGCCRUCCAGGCCGACGUGGACACUCACGCAGCAGCUCUGUCACACCUAAGUGAGAAAGCAGUGGAGCUGCACGAAAAAACUGGCGACCAGACGUUUGGGCCAGAGUCGAGGGCAGAGCUCCACACGCACUUUGCCGAUAUAUCAKCCGUCGUCAAGGGAAAAGUCCAGUCCAUGCAAAAAAUCUUAUCUGAGCACGAGCAGUACCUGGACGCAGUGAGAGACUUCAACGACUGGCUCGUCUCAGCCAAAGAGGAGCUUCAGCGUUGGUCUGACCUGUCAGGAGACUCCGUCAACAUUAGACGAAAGCUGUCCAAAGUACAGGAGCUUCUUGACUCGAAGCAGAGAGGCAGGGAGAGACUGAACCGCGUCCAGAGAUACGGGGCAGUAGCGAGGGAUUACACGGGUUCGGGCGGCUACGAGGCGAUGGAGCGAGAGGAAGCAGCGCUCGUGUCGUCAUGGGAGCAGUGGGAACGCGCGGCUCUGCAGACACGUGCCAGUCUGGAGACGUCGCUCUCACAGAUAUCGAGCUCUGAGCAGGAGUUCAGCAGUCUGUCGGUGCAGCUGGAGCAGGACCUGCAGGACUUCAGCCGUCAGCUGCAGGGUUGCCGACUUCGACUUUGCCAGGCUGAGAAGAAAAAUGAGGGAGAGGAAGCAGUGAAAGGCUGGCAAAUGGCAAAGGACACGUUGGACGAACUGGUCAAAGCUGAGGCCAUCUCUGACCGUCUGAAGACUCAGCUCAAUGAUCUGUGCCGAUUCUCCAGGGAAAUGGCCACUCAGUCUGAGAGAGUCUCUGCCCUCAUUAAGGACUAUAACAGUUUGAGUCUCCAAGCCACCAGAGAGUGUCAGAGCAAAGAGAAGGCGCUGGAUCAAGGCUUCCGCUCGGCUUUCAGAGAAUUUCAACAAUGGUUGGUUAACGCCAAGAUCAACACCGCCAAAUGCUUCGAUGCUCCUCAAAACCUCGGUGAAGCCUCGUCUAGUUUCCAGAAGAUUCAGGAGUUUCUUAAUGACAAAGAACAAGGCCAGUCAAAGCUGAAUGCUGUGAUUGCAAACGGAGAGCUCUUUUGUAGCAUCGCAGCUAAAGACAAAACCGACGCAGUUCGGGGUAAAAUGAACACUGCCAGAGAAGACUGGAAAAACAUAAUGUCCAGUCUGCACAACCGAGAGACGAGUUUGCAAAACCUCAUUUCACAGAUGAAGGAUUUUGAGGCAAGUGCAGAACCUCUUCAGGAAAGCCUGAAUGCAACAGAGCUGGCUGUGCAGGAGAGCAGCACACGACUUCAUGAUCUGACUGCAAAAAAGAUGGAGCUUCACAAGCUGCAGUCUGUGCUUGAAGACUUAGCUUCUCACGAAGUUCAGCUGAACAGGCUGAAAGAGAAGGCCCAGCUGUUGUGGGAUGAACACUCGGCCGGGAAGGGCUUUGUGCACCGUGUGUCGCAGCUCUCUGCUCAGUGCCUAGCUUUAACCAACCUUACUAAGGAGAAGGCUUCCCGCAUCGAUCGGAUCGUCACAGAGCACCAGCUUUUCUCCCAGGGGUUGGAGGAGCUGCAGAACUGGGUGGCUGACACCAGCCACAUGCUGCAGACUUACAGCGCUCCAACAGCUGACAAAAAUGUUCUUGAUAGCAGAAUGAUCAAACUGGAGGCUCUGCUGACGGCUCGCCAGGAGAAGGAGAUCCAACUGAAGAUGUUGAUCACAAGAGGAGAGUCGGUGCAGAGAAACACCUCUGCUGAAGGCGUGCCACUAAUCCAAAAACAGAUACAGGAGCUGAAAGACUCAUGGGAUGCCCUCCUCUCUGCUGCCAUUCUUUGCAAAAGUCAGCUGGAAGGUUCGUUGUCUCAGUGGACGAGUUACCAAGAGGACGUCUGUCAGUUUCUGGCUUGGAUUGAGGACGUAGAGGAAAGUCUCGAUGUCACUGAUAAGCAGUGCCCAGAGAUGAGAGACAAAACUGCAAAUCUAAGCAAAGCAAAGUUGCUUUAUGAGGACAUACUCAGCCACAACACCCUGCUGGAAACCAUUACUGCAAAAAGCGCCAGAAUCACUGAAAACUACGUCGCUCAGCUGGAGCUCCAAGAACUUCAGGAGCGGUACAACACCGUCAAAGACAACGCCAUGAGGGCUGUCGGCAAGACAGAGGAGCUGGUGAAAGCUCACCAGGAGUAUCAGUGGGACCUUCAUUCCUUUGAGGAGUGGCUGAAAGAGGAAGAAGAGAAGCUCAGCUGCUACACCCAGCUGGAGGGAGAUGUGGACAUGCUGGAGGACACCCUCCAAAAGCUGCAGGAACUGCAGCUACACUGCACAGAAGGCCAGGCUCUGCUGAACACCUUGUUGCUGAGCAGGGAACUGGUCGUCCCCUGGGGUCUGCCUCAGAUAGAGGACCGGACACUGGAGACACUCCAGCAGGAGUGGAGGCUCUAUCAGGCGCAGCUGGCCGACACCCGCGCUCAGCUGAACAGCGCCCUGGCCAAACUGCGGCAGAUGGAGCAGAAGUUCCAGCGUCUCGACAGCUGGCUGAAAGGCAUGGAAACCAAAGCGCAGCUGCGCUCCAAUCGGCGGUCCGAUCGAGCCACGAAGAGCGCUCAGCUGCAGAUGGUGAAGAGCUGGCAGGAAGAAGUCCUUGUUUAUCAAGAGGAAAUGGAGGGCCUUACUCUUUUGGCUCAGCAGGUUCUGGAUGAAACCCACAUUAGCAGUCGGAUCAGUACCAGAGCCACUCAGAUCACAGCCCGCUACCAUGCCCUGCUCCUGCACUUACUGGAGACGAUCAAACAGCUCCAGGAGGAGGUGUCUUCGAUUGAAGAAGCACAGUGUGUCUUCACCACGUUCUCAGAGUGGCUCAGCACAGCUCAGAAUAACUUCAGCACCGUAGCUAUUAGUGUUGAUGUAGUCGACCGCUUUGCUUUAGAGAGAAAGAUGAAGAAACUUGAGACUCUUCAGGGUGACAUGGAGCAGGGACACACUUACCUGAAGGCAAUGAGGGAAAAGACGGAGCAGGCCAUGGCUUUCUUGGAGGAGCCUGAGGCAGAUCAUCUCAGGGAGGAAGUGGACAUUCAGCUCUUUCAGCUGGAGGAGUUAACAACUUCUCUACGCACAGAGCACAGCUCGCUUGAGAAAUACAUCUCACUCUCCAAGGACUUCAUGGAUAAAUACAAAACCCAAGCCCAGUGGGUGAAAGAGACAAAGAACUUUUUAGCGUCAAGUUUAGAACCAAAAGCCGAACUCUACCAGAAAAAAGCUCAGUUGGCAAAAUAUAAGACCGUUCAACAGACGGUAGAGUCCCAUGAGCCAGCUGUGAAGUGCGUCGUUGAGAAAGGAGAGGCUCUCCUCAAUUCGUUUAGCGACCCGACCAUCAGCGAAAACAUGAAAAAGUUACAGGCUGAUUAUCAGGACCUUUGUUUGGCAGCCAAGACACAUGUGCAGAGCCUUGUGGAGUGGGUUAAAGAGCAUGAAGAUUACAACAGCGAGCUGCAGGAAGUUGAAAAAUGGUUGUUACAGAUGUCCAGCAGGCUUGUGACCUCAGACUCCAUGCAAACUGGAAACAUGGAGAUGGCAACUCAGCAACUCGCCCGACACAAGGCCAUGAUGGAGGAAAUAGCCAGUUUUGAGGAGCGCCUCACCAGCUUGAAGCAAAAAGGAGAAGGUCUUAUAGCCGGCUGCACAGAACAAGCUCAAGUUCAGGCUAAGAUUAGUCAGCAGGUCCAGGCCCACCUGCAGGGAACAAGAGACAGCUACUCUGCCAUCUGCAGCACUGCCCAGCGUGUCUACCAGAGUUUGGACCGGGAGUUGCAAAAAUAUGUCAGCCAUCAGGACACUCUGCAACAAUGCCAAACCUGGCUCUUGUCUGUGCAAGAAGAGCUUCAGCUCAACGAUCAGGGGCCCACCGGCCUUCAGGAAGCUCUGAAGCAGGUGAAGCACUACAGGGCUCUUCAGGAGCAAGCCAGCACAUACCUGGACCUGGUGUGUUCUGUGUGCGACCUCUCACAUGAUGCGGUGAGAGUUGCAGCUGCUGAGGUCCAGCAGAUCAAGCUCAUGAUAGAAGAAAGGAUGUCUACUGCACAAGAGCUUUCAGAAAGCUGGAGGCAGAUCAAAGAGCAGAAACAGGAUCUAACAGGCUUGUUCCAGGACAUGGAGCAGCAGCUUCUCAGCCUCUCUAGAAGACCAGCAGAGCUGGAGACGAAGAUUGCUCAAAACAUGUUGUUACAAGCCCAGGAGUGCUGCCAGCAGCUGCAGUCCAAACAGAGCACCCUCACUAAAAUGACGGAGACCGUGAGCCGACUGAUUGGCGGCCAAGACACUGCUGAACACGCAGAGCUCGAUCGUCUGAGCCACUCUUGGCUUGAGCUCUGCCACCAGGCGAAUAAGCUCCAGACCCAGAGAGAGGAGGAUCUGCAGAGAUCCAAAGAUUACCAUGACUGUAUCACUGCAGUGGAGGAGCUGUUUGAGCAGGUGUCCAAAGAGUGGGACAAUCUGGCAAGAACCGACGCUGAAAGUUCGUCUCAGCAUUUGGAGGCUCUAAGAAAACUCGCUGUGACUCUGGAGCAACAAAAAGGAGCCCUGGAGGACCUUAAAGAGCAGAAACAGAAAGUCAUCCAACAUUUAAACUUGGACGACAAGGAGCUGGUGAAAGAGCAAAUCAGUCACUUUGAACAACGGUGGUCUCAGAUGCAACACCUGAUCGAAAGGAAGAUCCAGGACUCCAUGGUGACCCUGGAGGACAUGGGCCAAGUGGAGGCCCGUCUGAGAGAGGCUCGGGACUGGGCGGAGGAGCAGCAACCCGCCCUGUCUGAAGCCAUGAAAAUGAGCCCCCCGCCCGAACUGGCCCAGAGUUUCCUGUUCGACCACCUGAGCAUCUGCAGCGAGCUGGAGGCAAAGCAGCUCCUCCUGGCUCAGGCCAUGGCUGACGCUGACAGGGUGCUGCCUCGGCUGGGCCUCAGCGAGCGCCAGCACCUGCAGCAGCUGAUUUCCGACACGCAGUCGGAGGUGGAGUCUCUGAGCGUCAAGGUGGUGCAGCGGAGAAAACACCUCAGCAAGGCUUUUACGGAGAGGACGCAGUUCCUAAUGGCAGUCAAUCAGUCCAUUUCCUGGGUUCAGCAGAACGAGAAGAAGGCCCAGGCAGAAGAAUACAUCGCUUUGUUACCCGAUGACCUGGCUAAGCAGGUGCGAACGUGCAGGAACAUCCAAAGCAGCCUGAAAGCCUAUCAGAGCGAGCUGACCUCCCUGUGGUCCCAGGGGAGAGACCUGAUGAGGGAAGCCAGCGACGAGGAGAGGAAUGAGAUUCUCACAAAGUUGCAGGAAUUACAAAAUAUUUUCGACAGAACUCUGCACAGAUGCGGCCAGAAGCUACAGGAGCUCGAAAAAGUACUCGUCUCAAGAAAGUACUUCAAGACCGACUUGGAGAAAAUCUGCCAGUGGUUGAAGCAAGCUGACAUUAUCACGUUCCCCGAAAUAAACCUAAUGGUAGGAGACGCUGAACUUCAAGCGCAGCGAUCGAAGUACCAGCAGAUAAUUGAGCAGGCUGUCGAGUACGAGAACCUCCUCCUGAUUGUGCAGAGAGCGGGCCAAGAGAUCCUGCCCACUCUGAACGAAGUAGACCACUGCUAUUUAGACGAGAAACUCAACACCCUCCCUCAGCAGUACAACAGCAUACUGGCUCUGGCCAAAGAGAAACAGGAGAAAAUCCAGCAGGCCAUCCUCACCAGGAACGAGUACACGUCCUUCAUAGACGUCACCCACAAAGCCCUGAAAGAACUGGAGGACCAGUUCAACAACCUGGGGACUCAACCCGUCGGCCUUCAAACGGAGGAGGUCGUCAUUCUGCAGAGCGACUACAAAGCAAUUCUGGCGGAUCUCGGCAACCUGGGUCUGGCUGUGAGCGAGCUGAAUCAGAAGAAAGAGGGCUUUCGUAGCACGGGGCAACCGUGGCGGCCGGAAGAAAUGACUCAGCUCGUGAGCCUGUAUAACGGGCUAAAGAGGCUGGUGGAGCAGAAAGUCGAGCAUCUGGAUGAAACUCUGGAGUCUUUUGAGGACCACAAGGCGAUGGCUAUGCAGGUGGACUCCCAGUUGAAGGCCACAAAAGAGCAGCUGGUGAAAGUGAACGCGGAGACUCAGUCUGCAGAAGAGAGGCUGAAGAACUACCACGCCCUGGCAGGAAGCCUCCAGAGCGCCAACUCCCACUUGUCGAGGCUAAUGGAGCAGAUGGACUCUCUAGCGCCCCGUGUGGACCAAGCGGCUCACGACGCGUCCAAAGAGCAGGUCGUUUUGUGGCAGGACGAGCUGCGGUUGCUACAGGCCGCAGUGGGCGAACUGAUCGAGGAAUGCGAGAACAGGUUCAUCCAAAGCAAAGACUUUGAGACGGAGAUGAAGAGGACGCUGGACUGGCUGCAGCAGAUCCGGGACGAGCUCAGCUGUGCUGUCAUCGUUGACGUCAGAGUGGAGAAAGUGCAAGAGGAGAUCAGAAAACAGCAGAUCUUGCAGGAGGAGGUGCAGUCCCGACUCAGAAUAGUGGCCGCUCUCAGCAGCCAGGAGAAGCAGGAGUACAUUAGUGCCAACGAGCUGGUCCCCGUUCAUGUUGAUAUGAGCCUCGAAGAAAUGGCAAAAUUGCAAGCAGAUGUCCAAAAAGCCCUGAGUGCCAAACAGAUUACUUUGGAGGAAGCCUUGGUUCUGUGUCAGAAGUAUCACUUCAGGAUGCAGUCGGCCUGCGAAUGGCUGGAGGAUGCCGUCUCUUUCCUCCAACAAGCCAGCUUGGGAGUCGAUGUGGAGAACUACGAGGAGUGUCUGCGGCAGCAGGCGGACAUCUUGUCAACGGAGCAGGAGUUUCUCAUCCAUCUGGAGGAACUGCAGACGCUCCUCCCUCAGCUGGAGAACCUGGUGAACCCCACAGCGAAAGAGCAGCUAAGAGUGAGCGUGGAGUCGGCGAAACAGAGAGGAGUUGAGGUCCGAGAUCAGCUCCAGUGUCACCGAGAUGUUCUGCACAGCUGUGUGGCCCAGUGGAAGUCAUUCCAGGAUGCAAGGCAGACCGUCAUUGAGUUAAUGAACGAAGCCGAAAAGAAGCUCACAGAAUUUUCCACAGCCAAGGCGGCCACAAACCAGGAGGCCGAAGACAAGCUCUGCAGCCACAGGUCCCUGGUGUCACUUGUGAACGGGUUUCAAGAGAAGCUGAGUGGUUUAGAAGAACAAGCUGCUCAGCUGGAGCUGGUGGGAAGUGACGCCAGCAAGGCCACCAUCAGUCGCUCCAUGACCACCGUGUGGCAGCGCUGGACGCGCCUGCGCAGCGUAGCGAGGGGACAGGAAAGAGUACUUGAGGACACAGCCCAGGAGUGGAGAACAUUCAGAGAAAAGAUGGUAAAAGUACGAGCGGUCUGUGAGGAGCUCCAGAGCCGUUUCCCUGACAGCGCUGUGGAGAAGGCAUCCAAAGCCACUCUGCAGUCUCUGCUGGAUCAGCACGACUUGCUGAGCCAAGACCUGGAGCGGGAACUCUCGUCCCUCAUGCUGCUGCGCCAGUACGCGCUCAGUCUGCUGCACGACGUGGAGGUGCCUUCACCAACAGCAGAUCAAGACGAGCUACCUAGCUUAAGAGAAAUCAGGGCAGUCCAAGACCAAAUGGAAAGCCUUUUGACGCAGUCCAGAACCAAGCGGGCCCAGGCAGCUCAGGAGCUCAGGGAGAGGGAGGAAGUGGAGAAGGAGCUUGGAGUGGUGAAAGCCUGGAUCCAGGAGACAAGAGAGCUUCUUCUCAAUCCCACCCCAGAUAUCGAUUCUUUGUUGCAGGAGCUUGAGAUUGUACACGGGGAAGUAAUUAAUUACCGGCAGAAUGUGGAUAAGUUAGCCGAACAACAGCAGAGCAAGUACCUGGACCUUUACACCAUCCUCCCAUCUGAAAUCUCCAUGCAACUCGCCGAGGUCUCUCUUGCACUUGGGGCGAUUGAAGAUCAGGUUCUGUGUAAAGAGAGAGAAUAUCAGAGAACCAGAGAAAUAAAGGAGGACUUCAGCUCCAGAAUCCACGGUAUGUCAGACAAACUGAAGACGAUCUCAAACAAGUUCAAGGAGAAAUCUCCUGAUGUCGAUCAUGCCAAAGAAGAGGUCAAGAGUCUUUUUGAAGAUUUGGACUCCUGCGGUCGCACAUUGUCAGAACUGGACACCGCUAUACAAGAGUUCGGCCGCAGAAACCCCCUGCUGGCCAAGCAGCUCAGUGAUGCUAUAAACAAGCUGUCAGAGAUGCAUCAUCAUACAACUCGAUUAGCAGACUGCAGGAACAACUGGCUCAAAAAGGCUGUCUGCUAUUUAGACGAGUAUAACGAGAUGCUGGACUUCAUAGUGAGGUGGUCAGAGAAAGCUAGGAGCCUGGUGAGAGCAAACAUCAUCUGGAACUCCUCUGUUCACCUGCAGGAGCAAAUACGGAUGUAUCAGGCGGUUUUCCGUGAGUCUCGAGAGCUCCACAGCGACCUGGAGUCUAUGGCGGAGAAAGUAGACCUUCUGUCUGAGGUGCUGCAGGUUGAGUCCUUGAGCCAGGAGGUGUGUGAACUCAGCAGACACACCGACGAGCUGCAACAGAGCAUCAAGACUCGAUUACAAAGCCUCCAAGAUGGACACAAGAGUAUGGAAGCUCUGGAGUUUGAAGUCAAGGCCCUGCAUGUUGCUCUGGAGCAGGUCCAAGCCACGCUGACGUCACCGGAGUUAGCCCGGCAGAGCCUCAAAGAGCAACUCACUCAGAGACAGCGGCUACUGGCCGACAUGGAGAGCUUCAAGCAGCAGGUACAGGCGGUGCAGCUGUGCCAGAGCGCCCUGCAGGUCCCAGAGGAGGUGAUGCCCAACCUGGCUAUUUGUCGCACGGCUCUCCGUCUGCAGCAAGAAGCUAGUCAGCUGCAGCAUGUGGCAAUACAGCAGUGCAACAUACUACAGGAGGCGGUGGUUCAGUAUGAGCAAUAUGAACAGGAGGUGAGAGAUCUGCAGGCGCUGAUAGAGGAAGCACAUCGGGUCAUUCAGGACCGACCAAUCCCCACCAGCAACAUUCAGGAGCUGCAAGCCCAGAUUCUGCACCACGAGGAACUCGCUCAGCAGAUCAAAGGCUACCAGGAGCAAAUAGCUUCACURAACUCAAAAUGUAAGAUGCUGGCGGUGAAGGCCAAGCAUGCCACCAUGCUGCUGACAGUGAGCGACGUGGAAGGACUGCCUGAGGGACUGGAGGACCUGGAUGAAGAAAAGUCCAGGAAAUCUUCAGGACAAUCUGUAGUUAUGACGGCUGGCCGCUGUCACACUCUGUUGUCCCCCGUUACUGAGGAGUCUGGGGAGGAGGGCACUAACAGCGAGGUCUCCUCCUCUCCUUUGUGCCGCUCUCCUUCUCCUGUCUCUCACGCUGAAGGCCCUUUCACCAAGCUGGGACGAGGAACCCUCACCAGAGCUCCAGUUCAGGAAUUAUACGACCCGACGUUUGAGUCUGUGGCAAACUUAGAUGACCUACAGCGCUCAUGGGAGACUUUAAAGAAUGUGAUAAGUGAGAAGCAGAGAUCCUUGUAUGAGGCAUUGGAAAAACAGCAGCAUUACCAAGGUUCGCUCCAGUCGAUCUCCUCUAAGAUGGAAACUCUGGAGUCCAAGCUUAGUGAGCCACUGGAGGCGGACAGAAGCCCAGACAGCAGCAUGAAGGCCCAUGAGGAUCUCAUCCAGGAGAUUCAUAGUGUCCAGGGAGAAAUCGACAGGCUGCAGGCGUGCUUCACAGAGGACGUCGCUGCCGACGCCGCGGACUCGGAUUUGGCCGACCAGCUUGCUAUGCAGUCUUCACUCGCUGUGCUGGCUGAGCGGAUGGCCACCAUCCAAAUGAAAGCUUCAGGGAAACAACAACUACUGGAGGAGCGCGCCACAGACCUCCUGGAAGAUCAGCGUCAGGAAGAGGCUUUGCAGUCCUACCACACCGACGUAGACGAACUGGAUCAGUGGCUGACUAGAACGCGCGGCGCUGUAACAUGCAUCCUCGACACUAGCCCCUCAGAGGAGGCCGAUGAAAACCACCAGCUCACUGAAUGCCAGAGCAUGCUGCUGGAGAUCGAAGAAAAAGUGCUGGCCCUCACCGAGCUGUCGGUGCGCAGCGAGAACCUGCUGCGGGAGGGCCGGGCCGACACCAGGGCGGAGGCCGAGCAGUUGGCCGCGAGGCUGCGCACGUUAAAGGGYGGCUUGCUGGAGCUGCAGAGAAUGCUGCAAGACAAACAGCUCAGCAUCCAGGGUUCUCUGCAAGAGCCUGAAGACAGCGAAUCAGACUCCAGUCUCUCGUCGAGUCCCAGUGUGCAGGACUGGCUGGUCCAAGCCCGGACCACACGGACGCAACAGCAUGAAGACAGUCUGCAGAGGCAGAAGGAACUGGAGGAGCAGCUUGCAGAGCAGAAGAAGCUUCUCCAGUCAGUGGCGAGCAGAGGAGAGGAAAUUCUCAUCCAGCAAGCAUCGCCCAGCAGCGCCAGCACGACAGAACCGUUCUCGCCUGCAGCUCUGUCUGAGAGCAGACGAGACCAGAUGAGGCAGAGAUGGGAGAGCCUCAGACUGGAGCUCAAAACUAAACUGCAGCUUCUGCAAAAAACUCUGGUGCAGGACCAAAAGCAGCCGAUGUUUUCUAGAGCGACUCGCGUGACAUCAGCUGGGCCGCUGUUUAAAGGAGACACCCAGCCUGACAACUCCUCUCUGAAAACUCUUUACGACAGCUUCAGACAGACAGUGGAAGGAAUGACCACUCAGGCUGGAGGUAGAGGUGAACCUCAGGUGGUUCAGAUGGAGCAGCAGCUCUUCACGGCCGUGUCAACCACGUCUUCCUGGCUGGAUGGAGUGGAGAACAACGUCUUCUCCGGCUCUGUGCUCAUGGCUGAAAAUGCAGAGACCCAGUUACAGAAUCAAGAGRUCCUGGAAAAAGAAGUGAAACACGUGACAGAAGAGGUGAAGCUCAGCCAGGCUCUGCUAGCCGGGUCUUCAGGGCUGAAACACGAAGACCGCGUGCUGCUGGAGGACAACCUGGACUGCCUCAAGGAGAGAUUAGGAACUCUUGGUGGAGCUCUGGGUCAGCGGCUUGACCACAUGAGGACCAGAGCACACAACCUCACCGCCUACCAGACUGAACUGCAGCUUCUCCAAACUGCUUUAAUUGAGACUAAAUGCCAGAUCCUUCAAGCCCUCGCUGGAGCAAUGGAUAGACCAUCUUCAAAACAAAUGGAGGUCAUCACGAGUGCAGAGGAUACGUUAAAGGACUUUGAGCAGAGAAUCAUAGAGCUGAAAACCAGAGGAGCAGCACUGCAGACCGAUCAGAUUUCAGCAAACAAAUUGCUUAAACUCCAAGAUUCGUAUGAGGAGCUGCUGAUGACGGUAGGGUCAAGACGCAGCGGGCUGAACCAGAACAUCGCUCUGAAGGAGCAGUACGAGCGCGCGCUGCAGGAUUUGACUGACCUGGUCGACACAGCUAAAGACAAGAUGGCGGCCGACCAGAGAAUUGUGGCGAGCUCCGUGGAGGAGGUUCAAAAUCAUCUUGAUAAGCAUAAGGAGUUUUUCCAGGGUCUGGAGUCCCACAUGAUCCUAACAGAGACUUAUUUUAGAAAGAUUAGUUGCCUUAUGCUUCCCAAAGAAAACAAGAACCUGGAGAAAACACUUGCUGAGGCUCGGAGUGUCCUGAAAGAAGCGCACAGCAAAGGAGUUGAACUGGAAAGUAUCCUGGAGACUUGGUGCCGUUUAGUUCAGGACUACCAGAACCUGAACCGGCAGCUGGAGGCCGUCGAAGGAAGCAUUCCCUCUGUCGGCCUGGUGGAAGAAACCGAAGAGAGAUUAAUGGACAGAAUCUCUUUGUAUCAGGGCUUAAAGGGGAGACUGAUGGAGCACCAGCACAAGCUCCAUCAGGUGCUGGAUGACGGCAGGCAUCUGUUACAGUCGGUCUGCUGCCCCGCGCUGGAGAAUCAGCUGGCGUUGCUGGGGGAGCACUGGCUGAGCAACACGGCCAAAGUCAACAAGGAGCUGGAACGCCUGGAGGCAAUCCUAAAACACUGGACCAGGUAUCAAAAGGAGUGUGUGGAGAUUAGUGAGUGGCUGCAAUCUGCUCUGGAGCGUCUGGAGUUCUGGAACACGCAGGCCAUGUUGGUCCCACAGGAGCUGGAGACGGUCAGGGACCAUCUGGCUGCUUUUCUGGAGUUCUCAAAAGAGGUGGAAGGGAAGUCGAGUCUGAAGAGCUCGGUCGUCUCAGAGGGAAACCAGCUGCUGCGSCUAAAGAAAGUGGACACAGUGGCUCUGCGCUCCGACUUGGCUCGCAUCGACAGCCAGUGGGCCGAGCUCCUCACGCGCAUCCCUGUGGUUCAAGAGAAACUGCACCAGAUCCAAAUGGAGAAGUUGGCCUCCCGCCAUGCCAUUUCUGAACUUUGUAACUGGAUUUCACUGAUGGAGAGUGUGAUUGAGGAAGAUGAAGAAAACCUCAAGAGCGCUGUUGGAUCGAAUGUGAUUCAAGACUACUUGCAAAAAUAUAAGGGAUUCAGAGUGGAUCUAAGCUGCAAGCAGCUGACUGUGGACUUUGUCAACCAGUCAGUUCUGCAGAUCAGCGGUCAUGACGCCGAGAGCAAGCGCAGCGACAAAACCGACUUCGCUGAGCGUCUGGGAGCCAUGAACCGACGCUGGCAGAUCCUACAAGGCUGCAUCAACGAGAGGAUCCAGUUCCUCGAGAGCCUCUUAAAGAUGUGGCUGGAGUACGAGUCGAGCGUUCAGAUCCUCAAGUCCUGGAUGACGUCUCAAGAAGAACGGCUAAAGAGGAAACACAGGAUAGAAGAUUUGACGUCGGUGCAAAAUGCCCUCAAAGACUGUCAGGAAAUGGAAGAGCUGUUGAAGGAAAAAGAGAAAGAACUGGAGAGAGURGAGGAGCAGGGCUGUGCUCUUGUUCAGAACAAGACAGAUGAGGCUUGUGCUAUCGUCAUGGAGACCCUCCAAAGCGUCAAUCACACCUGGGCCAACCUGGACCACUUGAUAGGACAACUAAAGAUUAGCCUGACCUCAGUGAUGGAUCAGUGGAGUCUGUACAAGCGGGCGUCAGAGGAAAUCAACGGCUACCUGAUGGAAGGACGAUACUCUGUGUCCCGUUUCCGCCUCCUCACCGGUUCUCUAGAAGCCGUUCAGCUGCAAGUGCAAAGUUUGCAGGAUCUGCAAGAAGAACUGGAGAAACAGGAAAGCAGUCUGAGAAAGUUUGGAGCUGUGACCCACCAACUUCUGAAGGAGUGUCACCCUUCAGUGUCGGAUUCCCUCAACAAUUCCCUYAAGGACGUCAAUGCAAGGUGGGCCGGCCUAUUGGAGGAGAUAGCGGAGCGUCUGAAGAGCAGCAAAGCCCUGCUUCAGCUGUGGCAGCGCUACAAGGAACUCCACGAGCAAAGCUGCAGCAGCAUUCAGCUCCAAGAGGAGAAAGCAGACCAACUCCUGAAGAGCACCUGCAGAAAGGACAUCGCUGAUGAGGAAGUUUCUAACUGGAUCCGGGAAUGCAGCGAGUUGCUGCGAUCACAGGCUCCAGUUCUGGCGUCCCUCCAGAUUCUCCAAGAGCUGGGAGAGCAGCUGAAGCAGCAGGUGGACACCUCAGCAGCCUCCGCUGUCCAGUCGGACCACCUCUCCCUCAGCCAGCGCCUGGCGGGCGUGGAGCAGGCCCUGAACAGACAACUCACCGCCUUGCAGACUGGAGUUCAGGACUAUGAGACGUUUAACAACCAGCUGGAGUCUUUGGGCUGCUGGUUAGUUGAAGCUGAGGAUGCGUUGAGAGCUCAAGAUCCCAACGGYUGCACUGACCUGACCGUCAUCCAGGACCGCAUGGAGGAGCUCAAGAAGCUCAUGCUGAAGUUUAGCAGCAUGACGCCUGAAUUAGAGCAUCUGAACGAGCUUGGGUAUCGGCUCCCUCUCAACGACUUGGAGAUCAAGCGCAUGCAGAACCUCAACAGAAGCUGGUCGACGGCUUCGGCCCAGACCACAGAGAGAUUCAGCAAGCUUCAGUCAUACYUGCUGCAGCAGCAGACCUUCCUUGAAAAAUGUGAAACAUGGAUGGACUUCCUGCUACAAACUGAAGACAACCUGGCUGUGGAGAUUUCUGGAAACUACCAGAGCUUAAUAGAUCAGCAAAAAGCCCAUGAGUUAUUCCAAGCUGAAAUGUUCAGCCGCCAGCAGAUCCUCCACUCGAUCAUCAGCGAUGGUCAGAGGAUGUUGGAACAAGGUCAAGUAGACGACAGAGACGAGUUCAACAUGAAGCUGACUCUCCUGAGUAACCAGUGGCAAGGCGUGGUGCGCCGCGCUCAGCAGAGGCGGGGCAUCAUUGACGGUCUCAUCCGUCAGUGGCAACGCUACAGAGAGAUGAUGGAGAAGCUGCGCAAAUGGCUUCUGGAGGUCUCCCACCCUGCAGAGGUGCUUCAGUCAGGAAACACCAUCCCCCUACAGCAAGCUCGCUCCAUGCUUGAUGCUGUCCAGCUGAAGGAAAAGGUGCUGCAGCGCCAGCAGGGCAGCUACAUCUUGACAAUAGAGGCCGGCAGACAGCUGCUCCUGUCUGCAGACGGUCGAGCCGAGGUCACCCUGCAGACGGAGCUGACGGAUAUCCAGGACAGGUGGAAACAAGCCAGCACAUGCCUGGAGGAGCAGAAGAAAGAGCUGAGCUCGCUUCUGAAGGACUGGGAAAGGUGUGAGAGGGGGAUUGGAGGAUCGCUUGAGAAACUCAGARCCUUCAAGCGGCAGCUGUCUCAGCCUCUUCCUGAUCACCACGAAGAUCUCCAAGCCGAGCAGAUGCGCUGCAAGGAUUUGGAGAACACAUUUGAAGGCUGGACUGGAGAUUUGGCUCAUCUCACUCUGCUGAGAGAAUCUUUAUCUUGUUACAUCAGCGCAGAGGAUCUUUCUGUUCUGCAGGAGCGAAUUGAACUUCUGCACCGACAGUGGGAUGAAAUCUGCCACCAGCUUUCCCUGCGCAGGCAGCAGGUGAGCGAGAAGCUGAAUGAGUGGACCGUUUUCACCGAGAAGCACAARGAGCUCUGUGAGUGGCUGACCAACAUGGAGAACAAGGUGGCCCAGAACGGAGACAUCAGCAUCGAGGAGAUGAUCGAGAAGCUCCGCAAGUUCCACCAGGGGGAAACACUGAUAGAGAAAAGUGAGCCACUGGAUGCUGCGGUCAUAGAGGAAGAGCUGGAGGAGCUUCAGCGUUACUGUCAGGAAGUGUUUGGGCGAGUCGAGCGCUACUACAAAAAGCUCAUUCGUCUUCCACUUGCAGACGAUGAUACYGAAGUAUCGUUCUCGGACCGYGAGCUGGAGUUGGACGAACCUGGAGAUUUGUCCAGCUUGCCGUGGAAUGAACGUUUGGGGGAUGGCUUCCUUUCACCCCUGCCCUCCUCCGGGCGCUCGGCCUCGCUGGCCGCCCAGCUUCGGGCCGAACGGUCCGGCAGGGACACGCCUGCGAGCGUGGACUCCAUCCCCCUGGAGUGGGAUCAUGACUAUGACCUGAGCCGUGGCCUUGAGAGUGCCAGCAGGGCCCUGAGAGAGCAGCAGAGCGAGGAAGGAGACUUCCUGCAGCGCCCCGCCUCUGGCCUGUCAGAUGUAGUGAUUCCAGAGAGCCCUGAGGCCUUUGUUAAGCUAACAGAGCAAACUCUGAGGUCCUCCACUGGAGAGGCCGCCUCAGCAGAUUCUCAUAUGCAUCCUCUUGAUGUCAGCCGUUCCCAUCUGCAGCAGUUGGACAGCAGUCGCAGCCGCACUCCUUUAAGCACAGAAACGGAUGCAUCAUACAUGGGCUAYAUGCGACUGCUGGGUGAGUGUCGUGGCAGCAUCGACACGGUGAAGAGGAUGGGCUCUGAGCUGAAAGAGGAAGAGGAUGCUGUGUCUGGGCUAGCAGACCCAAGCAGCUCAGAGUCCCAGACUUCAGGUGUGAUUGAGCGCUGGGAGCUCCUGCAAGCUCAGGAUCUCAGUAAGGAGAUGCGCUCCAAGCAGAACCAGCAACAGUGGCAGCAGCUAAACUCCGACCUGAAUAAAAUCUGGACCUGGCUGGGGGAAACAGAGGAAGAGCUGGAGCAGCAGCGAAAACUGGACGUCAGCACGGACAUCCAGAUAAUUGAGCUCCGCAUCAAAAAACUCAAGGAGCUGCAGAAGGCGUUUGACAAGCGCAAGGCCAUCGUACUUUCCAUCAACCUGUGCAGCGCCGAGUUCCUGCAGUCGGACACAGAGGAGUCCAGAGAGCUGCAGGCCAAACUGAAGGACAUGAACAACAGCUGGGACAAACUGGGCAGCUCUUUGGACGAAUGGAGGACUUCGCUACAGGAAGCUCUCAUGCAGUGUCAAGACUUUCAUGAAAUGAGUCACGGUCUGCUCCUCUGGUUGGAAAAUAUUGAUCGCCGAAGGAACGAGAUCGUCCCAAUCGACCCRAUCCAGGACAGCGACACCCUUCACGAGCAUCACAARACACUCAYGCAAAUCCGCCAGGAGUUACUGGACUCACAGCUGAAAGUGGCGUCACUGCAGGACAUGUCCCUCCAGUUGCUGGUCAACUCUCAGGGCAGCGACUGCCUGGAGGCCAAGGAGAAGGUCCAUGUCAUCGGGAACCGCCUCAAGCUGCUGCUGAAGGAAGUGACCCGAGACCUCAGAGAGCUCUCCAGGACUCUGGACAUCACCAGCAGCCAACAGGAUUUGUCUUCUUGGUCGUCUGCUGAUGAGYUGGACACGUCUGGCUCCCUCAGUCCGAUAUCAGGGAGGAGCACACCGAGUCGCUCGCGAUCGCAACGGGGCAAAUGUAGUCUGUCACAGCCUGGACCGUCUGUGAGCAGUCCACACCACAGGUCUCGCAGCGCCGCUGGAUCCGCUUCCUGCCGUUCUGAUCUGGACGUGGCGACGGCUCGCAGGUCCUCGUUCUGGCGCCGCGUCCUCUGGUUCGCGCUGCCUCUCCAGCUCCUCCUGCUCCUGCUGGUGGUCCUCGCCUUCCUGCUGCCGCUGGCGGAGGAGGACUACUGCACCCAGUCCAACAACUUUGCUCAUUCCUUCUACCCGAUGCUCAGCUACACAAACGGACCGCCUCCUGUGUAGGGCAGCAACGAGAACUCUCCGUAAUUUGGCUUCUGUGGGACGGGAAUGAGAAUCGUGCGCAGAAAAAUCUCUUCUUUUGCGUGUAGCGCAGAGGAUUGAGAAUCGCACUACGUCAAGAAAUGCUGCGUCAUUUCGAGAUAUGUUUUGGUUUAGCUCGCGGUGGAGUUCUGCUGGACGAAUUUACGGGUUCUUCAUCAUGUAUUUUUCUGGAGAAGACUGUCAGUGGAAAGCACCAAAGUCAAACGCUGAAAGAUUAGCCUGGGGCGACAAAAAGGAACACAAAACAGUUUUAUUGCGUUUAUUUUUUUACCUGUUUUUUUGGGCAUGUGGUUUUAAUAUUUACUUUUCUUUACUUACAUUUACGACUGUGUUUGUGCUAAACUGUAUGACGUUUUUAACUUGAACUUACAUCCAUUCAUGUUCGUCUGUCAAGCCAAGUGUUUUAUGAUCGGACGCGAAUCGAGGGGUUUAACCUUUAACAUCAUGAUCUUUUUACAUUCUGCUUUUUAUUUUUUCAAAACAUCUGGUAUCUUAAAGAUCAAAACUAUGACACAUAGAACUAAUGUAUAUUUUGUAUGACUGUUGGUUGAGUAUAAAAUAUAUAAAAGUCCAGAAUUAUUUAACAUGUGUACAUAGUGCAGAAGAUUACUAUGAGAAAAGAUGUAUAUGCAACUACCAACAAUAAUGAAUGCCAAAUCCUCA